GAUGAUAAUCACAGCGAAAGUAGGACACCAAGAAGUGGAUGGUAAAUAAAUAAGCUCGGCAGAGGAAUAGACUUCACAAUAAUUCCACUGUAAAGGCAGUCCACUUAACAUGACGCAUAACCUGAGUAAAGAUGUUCCUGAUAUAGAGAAUAUCCUGAACUUAAAUCCUAAAGUCAGACAUCAUGCAAAACUUGUACCAAGUGCACAAACAAAACAAAAUAAAAGGCAUUGGAAACGGAAUACAGACAAAUCUUGCUCCAAAUGUGAACCAUUAACUCAAAAUUUUGAUGACAUUAAGCACACUACACUUAGUGAGAGAGCUGCUUUAAAAGAGGCUGCAAGAUGUUUGAAAUGUGCCGAUGCACCAUGUCAGAAAAGUUGCCCAACACAACUUGAUGUCAAAUAUUUUAUCGGAUGCAUUUCUAAUAAGAAUUUCUAUGGUGCUGCCAAAUCCAUCCUUUCUGAUAAUCCAUUAGGAUUAACAUGUGGAAUGGUUUGCCCUACAAGUGAUCUUUGUGUAGGAGGAUGUAAUCUAUAUGCAUCAGAGGAAGGUCCUAUAAAUAUUGGAGGUUUACAGCAAUUUGCAACUGAGAUAUUUAAAGCUAUGAAAAUUCCACAAAUACGAGAUCCAAACCUUACUCCUAGAGAUCAGUUACCUAAAAGCUAUGGGUCAAAGAUUGCCUUAUUAGGAUGUGGUCCUGCCACCAUCAGUUGCGCCACUUUUCUGGCACGUUUAGGAUAUUCAGAUAUCACAGUUUUUGAAAAGAAUGAAUAUAAUGGAGGAUUGAGUUCCUCUGAAAUCCCUCAGUUCCGUCUUCCAUACAGUGUUGUAGAUUUUGAGGUGGCAUUGAUGAAAGAUUUAGGAGUGAAGAUUGUAUGCGGUAGGUCAUUGAGUAGCAAAGACAUUACAUUAUCAUCAUUAAAAGCAGAUGGUUAUAAAGCUGCAUUUAUAGGUAUAGGUCUGCCAGACUCCAAAAGAAUUCCUAUUUUUGAAGGACUUACAGUUGAACAAGGAUUUUAUACCUCAAAGACAUUUUUACCAGUUGUAUCUCAGGCUAGUAAGGCUGGUAUGUGUAGCUGUAAAUCUGUAUUACCUCGUCUAAAUGGAAAUGUGAUUGUGUUGGGAGCUGGAGACACAGCCUUUGAUUGUGCAACAUCUGCUUUACGGUGUGGAGCCAAAAGAGUUUUUGUUGUGUUCAGAAAAGGUUUUACAAAUAUUAGAGCUGUACCAGAAGAGAUGGAGCUUGCACGGGAGGAAAAAUGUGAAUUUCUGCCAUUUAUGUCACCGCAAAAAGUUUUGUGUUCUAAUGGUAGAAUAAAUGCAAUGGAAUUCGCACGCACGGAACAGGAUGAGGAGGGAAACUGGGUUGAAGACGAAGAACAAAUUAUUAGAAUUAAAGCCAACUUUGUUAUUUCUGCUUUUGGCUCUGGCCUUGUUGACAAAGAUGUUAUUAAAGCUUUAGAACCGAUUAAAUUGAACAAAUGGCAGCUACCAGAAGUGAACACUAACACAAUGGAAACAAGUGAAUCCUGGGUAUUUUGUGGUGGUGAUAUUGCAGGUGUAGCACAAACAACUGUAGAAAGUGUAAAUGAUGGUAAAUGUGCAUCUUGGUAUAUUCAUCGAUAUUUACAGAGUUUAGAUAAUGUGAAUAUUCCAAGUGAACCUAGUUUACCAAACUUUUACACUCCUAUUGAUCAAGUUGAUAUCAGUGUGGAAAUUUGUGGCCUUAAAUUUUCUAAUCCAUUUGGAUUAGCAAGUGCUCCUCCAACAACUACUAGUGCCAUGAUACGUAGAGCAUUUGAACAAGGUUGGGGUUUUGCUCUUACCAAAACAUACGCUUUAGAUAAGAACAUUGUUACAAAUGUGUCUCCAAGAAUUGUCAAAGGUACCACCUCAGGUCAUUUGUAUGGACCAGGGCAAGGAUCUUUCCUAAAUAUUGAACUUAUCAGUGAGAAAACAGCAGCUUAUUGGUGUCAGAGUGUAACAGAACUGAAGAAAGAUUUUCCAGAUAAGAUUUUAAUUGCCAGUAUUAUGUGUGGUUACAGUCAAGAAGAUUGGACCGUGCUAGCACAGAUGUCUGAGGCUGCUGGAGCAGAUGCCUUGGAGUUGAAUUUAUCAUGUCCACAUGGUAUGGGAGAAAGAGGAAUGGGUUUAGCUUGUGGCCAGGACCCGGAAUUAGUGAGGAAUAUUUGUAGAUGGGUGAGGCAAGCUGUCAAGAUACCUUUCUUUGCUAAAUUAACACCAAAUGUUACAAAUAUUGUUGUUAUAGCACAAGCUGCUUAUGAAGGUAAAGCAGAUGGUGUAACAGCUACAAAUACUGUUUCUGGUUUAAUGGGUUUAAAAUCUAAUGCAACAGCAUGGCCAAGUAUUGGAAAAGAACAUAAAACAACUUAUGGUGGUGUUUCUGGUAAUGCUAUAAGACCUAUAGCAUUGAGGGCAGUAUCAGCCAUAGCUAAUGCUAUACCAGGCUUCCCUAUUUUAGCAACUGGUGGCAUAGAUUCAGCAGAGGCUGGUAUUCAGUUUUUACAAGCUGGUGCCAGUGCUCUACAGGUCUGUAGUGCAAUACAAAAUCAAGAUUUUACCAUAGUUGAAGACUAUAAAUCAGGCUUACAAACUCUUCUUUACCUGAAGUCCAUCAAAGAACUUCAUGAUUGGGAUGGCCAGAGUCCCCCAACACCAAAACAUCAGUUAGGAAAGCCCAUACCUAAAAUAAAAGAUAUUAUUGGAGAGAGUUUACCAUUUUUUGGAGAGUACAAAAAGAAACGUAAAGAAGCUAUUGCUAAUACUAAGGUUAAAAUAGAUCUGUUAGAUGAUAUCUAUAAACCAGAACCAGUUAGACCAGCUAAUCAACCUAAAGUACCAGUACCUAAAAUUAAGGAUCUGAUAGGAAACGCCUUACCUAUGAUUGGUAGUUAUGGUGAUCUAGAUAAUAAACAACAGGUUGUAGCCUUGAUUGAUGAUGAUAUGUGUAUUAAUUGUGGAAAAUGUUAUAUGACAUGUAAUGAUAGUGGAUAUCAAGCCAUUGUAUUUGAUCAAUCGACACAUUUACCUCGAGUAAAUCAAGAUUGUACUGGUUGUACACUUUGUGUGUCUGUAUGUCCAAUCAUUGAUUGCAUAACCAUGGUUAAAAGAGAAGUUGAGUAUGUACCUAAAAGAGGAAUUCCUCUUAAUACCAGUGGAGUCUCAUCUACAGCUGCUAUUGUUCUUAAUACAAAUUAACAAAAAAAUUCAAAGUUAACAUUGUAUUUUAUGAAAUGGUAUGUGAAGUAUGAUACAAAUCAAUCUUGUCAAAUUUUUGAAUAGUACCAUUGAGAUGGGGAUAAAACAUUUAAUUAUUUAGUUUGAUUAAUUGAUAUAUGAUCAUCUUUUUGUAUACGGUAUGUUGUCUUGUCUAUUUCUUAAAAUGUUGAUUUUGUUUUUCUGAUUUGUUGAUUAGUAUUUUAAUUAUUCAUAAACUAUGACAGCAUCACCAUUUAAAUAUAACUUGUUAGGUGGUAUGAAGAUAAAUAUAGAAACAUUUAAAUCUUUCAUUAUUGUGGGUUAUAGUAAAGAUGUGUAUGCUUUAAAGACGUGUUUACGAAUAUAAAGUAAUAAUACAUUGAUAAUCAAAGAAUUCUCAAGGGUACACCAGUUAACUCAUCCCUCCAAAAUAUUCAUUCAUUUUGUUGGUUAUGGUUUAAUUUAUAUUGAUGUAAAAAUCAAUCAUAGUUUUAUUUUUGUUAUUGGCAUACACUUACAAUUUUUAGCAUUGGUUACUUACAUUUCAUUAUCUUAUAAAUUGUUAUAUUGUAAAUGAUCUUGUCUAUUCAAUGGUGAUUGUGUAAUUAAAGCUAUAAAUUAAUGUGCAUUUUGUGUUUUUUCCCAAAAACUCUCAGGGACAUUUUUUUAUAUGCCCACAGUGAACACUAUAUAUAAGACUACAGCAAAUUUUGUCAUUCAAUCCAUUUAAAAUAUAUGUUGUUUACAUUAGUGAGAUGAAAAAGCCCAUGAAAUUUCAGUGAUCUCUAGUAAUAACUUCCAGAUGAAUAAUGCUUGAUCACACUGUAGAAUGUUGGGAAUGCUCUUAGAACUAAAACCGUCUGCUCUAAAAUUUAUGCGUUAUUUAAAUUACUAAAACAAAGUAGCAUAUCAAAUCUCAGCAAUUUCUGAUAAUAUUAUAAUUCUGGAAUGAUAAACCUGUUAUAGAAUCUUGUAUAUGCUUUAGUUCAACAAAGUUUAUCACAUUUUUUUGUUUUCUUUAUUGGGAUAAAAAAUGUUUCAAUUUACUACUAUUUCUGAUAAUUGCUUCAAGAGUUAUAUUGAUAACAUCAUAGAAUCCAAUCUGAAUAAAACACAGAUCCUAUUUCGUUUCUUUUUUUAUAGUUCAAAAUUUCGUUUUACUUUUUUUCACAACACUAGGAUCUGGAAGAGUUGCUAUAUAACCCACGUUCUGGUUGAAGUGAGGGAUUAGCCAAUGAAACCAUCUGUUACGGUGACUUCUUGGCGUGCAAUGCACGGAACUGUGGGUAAACCACUAGAAACGUCAACACUGAUUGAUUAAUCAAUGUCUGACGUCAUAGGGUAAAAAACUGCUUGUACGACCCCUGGCGCGACAUUCCACUAAAACCAGUCCGAUCUUCAUGUAGUGUAGGCCAUCGAAAGUAUGAAAAAACAAAACGAAAUAUAAAUCUGUAUUUUAAUCAGAUUGCAUAGAAUCUUGUCAGCGCUCCAGUGAUAUUUAAAGUAUAAAGAUUUUAUCAAAAGUGACAACCUUUAUGGACUGCUUGGACUUGGCUGCUGUGGGCAUGUUGGUUGUCUGGCAGUCUAUCUUCAUAAAAAGUGUCUCUUUAAAAAUUGUCCCUCCGAACCUCAAUAAUUUUGCCCAAAAUUUAAUAAAUAUAAUUAUGAAUGUAUGAUCCUAUGAAAUUUAAUUAAAUGCCUCUACAAAGUGUGCCUUUCUUUUAUUAUUGGUAUUGAAGAAUUUACUAUUGAUGAACUAUUUUCUUCAGAAUAAAUUUAGGCAUUUAUAAUGUAUUUUUUGUUACAGUAUUAUUAUAGGCCUAUAUAUAUAUA